UGUACAUUGGAGUUGUGUUUUGUGCUUUUUUUUUUUUUUAAUUAAAGGUCUGAAAAGAACUGUUUGAUAUGCAGAUAUGAUAGAAGACUGCCCGAAAGCUGCUUCCUUUGCCACUUCCUGUGGAGGCCUGUCUUUGCCAUUUGCGGUUUCUUUCUUCUUUUGGUCAGCACGUUGCGUGGCAGUAGUCACAUCUCCAGGUGGGAAACUGGGAAAGGCCAGAGCACUUGGAUCAGGGAAACAUGUCCCGUCGGAAACAGACAAAUCCAAAUAAAGUUCACUGGGAUCAAGUAUUUGCUGGGCUAGAAGAGCAAGCCCGCCAGGCGAUGAUGAGAACAGAUUUUCCUGGAGACCUUGGCACUCAGCGACCAGCUAUCCAGCAACUAAGAGAUCAGGACUCCAGUAGCAGUGACAGUGAGGGUGAGGAAGAGGAGACCACACAAGAUGAAGUCUCUUCUCACACAUCCGAGGAAGAUGGAGGGGUGAUCAAAGUGGAGAAAGAAUUAGAACAUGCAGAGCAACCUGUUGGAACCGAAGUGGUAGAAAAUGAGGCCACAGAGAAUCUGAGUUCAGACCCCUUGCUUGGACUCUGUCAGUGUCCUCUGUGCCAGCUGGACUGUGGGAGUCGGGAGCAGCUGAUUGCUCAUGUGUACCAGCACACAGCUGCCGUGGUGAGCGCCAAGAGCUACAUGUGUCCCGUGUGUGGCCGGGCCCUGAGCUCCCCAGGGUCACUGGGUCGCCACCUUCUCAUCCACUCCGAGGACCAGCGGUCUAACUGUGCUGUGUGUGGAGCCCGUUUCACCAGCCAUGCCACGUUCAACAGUGAGAAGCUUCCAGAAGUACUUAACGUGGACUCCCUGCCCCCUGCUCACAGUGAGGGCCCCUCAAGUACAGAGGGGAAGGACAAUGCCUUCAGCCCUCCUGUGUAUCCUGCUGGAAUCCUGCUGGUGUGUAACAAUUGCGCGGCCUACCGGAAGCUCCUGGAAGCCCAGACCCCAAGCGUACGAAAGUGGGCGCUCCGGCGACAGAACGAGCCUCUAGAGGUUCGGCUGCAGCGAUUAGAACGAGAGCGCACGGCCAAAAAGAGCCGGCGGGACAAUGAGACCCCUGAGGAGAGGGAGGUGAGGCGCAUGAGGGACCGCGAAGCUAAGCGUCUGCAGCGCAUGCAGGAGACGGAUGAGCAGCGGGCACGGCGACUGCAGAGGGACCGGGAGGCCAUGAGACUGAAGCGGGCUAAUGAGACCCCGGAGAAGCGGCAGGCCCGGCUUAUCCGGGAACGGGAGGCCAAGCGGCUCAAGAGGAGGCUGGAGAAAAUGGACAUGAUGUUGAGAGCUCAGUUUGGCCAGGACCCUUCUGCCAUGGCCGCCUUAGCAGCGGAAAUGAACUUCUUCCAGCUCCCUGUGAGUGGCGUGGAGCUGGAUGGCCAGCUUCUGGGCAAGAUGGCCUUCGACGAGCAGAACAGCAGUUCUCUACACUGAGUCGCAGCCUCCUGCCCACCCUGUCCCACAGGCAUGAGUGCCACAGUCACUACAGCCAGGUGUGGGUUUGCUGCAGGUGGACCUUGCAUGUGGGAGCAGGGAGGUGGGUAUCAAGAAGGAGGCGGCUGCAGGCAGCUCCGAACUAGGCAUUCUGGGGAACUGUACGCCCCACGCACGGCUGCAGGGCUUGCUGCUGACUGGACCAUGGGGCCCCAGGUGCUCAGGGCAUUGUGGGGGCAAAUAAAUUAAUUUUAUCUUUGCUGGC